AAAUGCAAACUUAUAUUUUAUCACCGUCUGUACAGAAUGUUUUUGCUGUGGCUGUCGGUCACGAUCUGUACAUUUUGCCCACAUUCAGAGGAGUUUCUACAUGCAUACUCUGAUGGAGAUAUCAUCAUUGGAGGACUUUUUGCUAUUCAUGCAAAAACCAACAGAACCACAGAGACUGGACCUGCCCACUGUACCAGCUAUGAUGUUAGAAAUUUCCUGCGCUCUCAAGUGAUGAUAUUUGCCCUUGAAGAAAUAAACCAGCGCACACCAAAGCUUCUACCUAACCUCACCUUAGGAUAUGACAUCUACGACACCUGUGGAGAUGUCACGGUUGCCAUCAGAGCAACGCUCCAGCUGCUCAAAAACCAGUCAGACCCUCAAAGCUGUUUACUACCAGUAAAUAUUAGUUCAGAUUUAGUUGAACCCAGAACUAAAGCACUGAUAGGUGAGAGGUACUCUGAGGUAUCAGCAGCUGUUGCACGAGUUGUUGCUCUGUCUUCAGUUCCCCAGAUUAGCUAUGCAUCAACCAGUGUGUUGCUGAGUAGGAAGACGAAGUUCCCCACUUUCCUGCGAACAAUAUCGAGUGAUGAAUAUCAAACUAAGGCAAUUGCUGAACUGGUGAAGCAGUUUAACUGGAAAAUAGUGGCCAUUGUGGGAAGUGAUGAUGAGUAUGGGAAGUACGGCAGUGACGGCCUAGUGGCCAACUUCAGGGAGAUGAACAACACCUGCGUUGAAUUCAUUGAAAUCCUGCCUGGAGACUUUUCCCUUCUCAAUGACAGAACUCAUGAGAAGCUGUCGGAGCUAGUGAGCACUAUAAACCAAUCCUCAGCUGAAGCCAUAAUCAUGUUCACACACGACAGAAACGUUGCUAUCAUUAUGGAGGAAGCUAUUGAACGCAACCUAAACAGAACUUGGAUUGCCAGUGAUGCUUGGGCCACUUCCUCAAAUAUCUUUGAACUUCCCAACAUUCACAGGGCAGGGCAGGUGUUUGGAUUCAUCUCGAAGAGGAACGAGGUGCCGGGUUUUGAGGACUAUGUCAAAUCAAUGUUUGGCAGCUCUCAGAACCCCAUUUUACAACAUUACCGCAGUUCUCAUCUGCCUAAGGAGUGUGAGGCACUGAGUUCUUUCAUUGACCAGGAUGAAUCGUAUAAUAUCUACUUAGCUGUCCAAGUCGUCGCUGAGGGUCUCCGGAGCUUGUUGAAAUGUGACAACCAACAUUGUAAACGUCAUCCCCCAUUUCCAGCCUCUGAACUUCUAACAGAGAUAAAGGCAGUCAAUUUCACAGUUAACACUACACAUGUAUACUUUGACAUCAACGGAGACCCCAGUUUAGGUUACGAUAUUUUGUAUUGGAACAUGUCGGACUCCAACAGAGGCAUUAAAACCAUUGGGGAAUACUGGCCACGUGGAAAGAUUGAAAUCCCAGAGGACCUUGUUGAACAAAUGUCCAGUGUGAUGGUGACUGCUGAUAACUGCUCCAAAACAUGUGACCAUGGACAUGAACUGAAACUGCAAGAACGUAAAUGCUGUCGGUAUUGUGUUCCGUGUUCAGAUGGAGAGUUCUCACCUGGAAAUGGUACACCAUGUGCACGGUGCAACGAAUCCCAAUAUUCAUCUAAAAAAAGGGAUAAGUGUCUGGAGAAAGAUACUGAGUGCCUGCGCUGGACGGAUCCCUUUGUGAUUAUUUUAAGUUCCUUGGAAGUGUCCGGCAUCAUUGUUACUAUUGUGUUUUCUAUUUUGUUCACAAUCCAUCGCAAUACUCCCAUUGUGAAGGCUGUGGGAGGUUACUUGUGUUUCUUGGAGCUUUCGUCCUUACUGUUCUGUUUCUGCCUUACUUUAACCUACCCUGGAGAUCCCUCUAAGGUUUCCUGCAUGCUGGCCCUGCCUCUCUUUGGCAUCGCCUUUUCCCUCUGUAUCUCCUGUAUUCUGGCCAACCUCCUCCAAAUUCUAGUGGGCUUCAAAUUUCAACUGACCAGAGCAUCCUGGCUGAAGAAGUUCAAUAAGCCGAUGGCAGUGGUGACCAUCGUCUUUGGGAUCCAGGUGGCUAUAUGUGUUCCAUGGCUGUACUUUGACCCCCCUGUUCCCAAAGAACACAACCAGAAACAGACCAUCCUGAAGACAUGUGUCAGAGGCUCCUCUUGGUUCUUUGCUGCCAUGCUGGGCUAUAACGCUUUGCUGGCUCUUAUUUGCUUUGGUUUUGCAUUUAAAGGAAAGCAGCUGCCAGAUUUGUAUAAAAAUGCUGGUUUAGUCACCAUCAGUAUGGUGCUGUACCUCGUCAUCUGGGCUCUCUUUAUCCCCAUUCACAUCAAUCUGAACGGGGUUUACAAACAUGCUAUAGAAGGUGCUGCCAUUGUCAUUUCCAGCUACAGCAUCCUGGGCUGCCACUUGGCCCCAAAGUGUUACAUAAUGGUAUUCAGGAAAGAGAUCAAUAAUGAGCAAGCCAUUAUGGAGCACAUCAAGAAGCAUUAUGAGCAGAAAGGCAUCAGUGCUCUGAGUACCUAAUCCUAAAUGUGGAUGGUUCAGUACACUGUGCAUUGAGCUAGGUGUGUGGUAGGAGGUUUUUGCAUAGAAAUCACAAGAUUGGAAGUUGAUCAGUGUGUUGGAGUCAGUGUUUUUCGCACUUACUACCAUGUGCAUGACCAGAAAUGCACAUUUGCGAGGUUCACUGUAUUUUAUCAAUUGGAAGUUGCUGUUUUUGUU